AUGUUUAAUGGAUUGGAAGAUCAGUUUAAGAAGUCUGGAUCUCGUUAUCAAUUUAAUAUUGAUCGCAUUGCGGAGAAAUACUGUAAUGCAUCAAACAGUCGUGAAAUGGCGGUUGAAGCGCUGCAGAGAGAUUUCGGAGAUGCAUGUAUUUCAUCACCGGUUGUAGAAUUGAAGAAUAAAAAUAACAGAACAGUUUGUGAAAGUCUUAAUGAGGAUUUUGAGAUGGAAUAUGGGAAACGCAUGUGUUUGGGUGAUGAUGUAAAUACGAGACGAAGUGUCCCUGUGGGUAGGAGAAAAUCCGAUAUGGAGAGGGGAGGAAAAUUUGCUGCUAUUGAAGAAUAUCUUUCAAACGUUUCAAAGCGUUCUACAAUUGCCAAUAUGGUGACGGACUCCGUGGAAGAACAGCCGUAUUACUCACAAACUAAAAGUCUAAGAGAAGAUGGGCUCAUCAAUAAUGGCUUUAUUGAUGUGAUUACAUCACCUGUAAAAGAAGGUGCAGUUGAAAUCCGUAUGAAUAACGAAUUGACAAUGCCAACAUUGGAAAAUAACGUACCUUCUCUACCAUCUUCAUCUAACCGAUUUACUAUUGCAGAGAACGAAACAUUCUUGAAUGCAUGGUUUCGUAAUGCGGAAAGUCACAAGAUCAGUACUAACUUCACUGAAGAUCACAAUUUACGCCAACGUGCAAUGUUGAACGCUCAGCGCAAUGCAUACUUUAAUCACGAUUAUAUGAAUAUGACAGAUCAGUGA